AUGGCAUCUCGUUGGGUUGCAUCGAGCUUGUUUACGACCCUUAGGUGGGCAGCAAAUGGGAUCAUCCCUCAACCCCCAGGGGCUGGUAAAUGUCCCCACUUCUUUAUAAGCUUAUUGAAAUCUCUCUCCUCCACCUCCCCCCACCCAAGGACAGCCUUUUCUGCCUCAGAGUGGAAGAGAAAUACAGACCACAGCGACGGAGACCCACCCGACGGGCACAGGAAGCUGCCGUCCAGUGCUGCAGAGGACAGAGCCGUGCUGCUGGGGUUCGCGAUGAUGGGCUUCGCGGUUCUGAUGUUCUUCUUGUUUGGAAUAGCCAUCCUACAGCCCUUCAUGCUUAGCCCUCAGAGAGAAGACGCGAACUGCACCGUCAUUCACACACGCCUCACGGACGACGGGACGGACUGUGCUCCCACCUGCGGCGUGGGCUGCCAAGGUCAGGGCAGGCACCCCUGUCUGCAGGUGUUUGUGAACCUCACCCAUUCAGGUCAGAAAGCUCUCCUACAUUAUAAUGAAGAGGCUGUCCAGAUAAAUUCCAAGUGUUUUUACACACCUAAGUGCCACCGAGACAGGGAUGACUUGCUCAACAGUGCUCUGGACAUAAAGGAAUUCUUCGAUCACCAAAAUGGGACCCCCUUCUCGUGCUUCUACAGCCCAGACAGCCAAGCUGAAGAUGUGAUUCUCAUGAAAAAGUAUGACCGAAUGGUUAUCUUCCACUGCUUAUUUUGGCCUUCGCUGACUCUGCUAGGUGGCGCCCUGAUUGUUGGCAUGGUGCGGUUAACACAGUACCUGUCCCUUCUAUGUGACAAGUACAGCACUGCAUCCAGAGGUGAGGCAGGUGGCAAAGCACCUUACAUGGAACGGCACUGGCCCACACUGUGGAGUGUGUGGAGAAGCCAAGGAAGGAGCCGAGGAAUCUCAGGAUGGUGGCCAGACUGAAGUCUUGGCCUUCAGAUACCUGCACUUUCUGCACGCCAGGACUUAAUUAUGUCUGCUUGCAAUUCAACCAUGAAGAGGCAGUGAAGUAUGAUAUGGGAAAGAAAAACUUCUAAAAGUCUCACAUGUAUUGUUUAUCCUGUAAAUAUAUACAAAUCCACCAUCUUUUCUACUCUAAAUCUCUUUCCAUAUUAGCCAAGGAAGCACUUUUUGUUCCCACAUGGCAAAAUGAGCUCAAGGUAGCUGUCCUUCAAUUGCAGCUCUAGCUAGAACUUAUCCAUGUGGAAAUAAAUGAUUAGGGUAUCUGGCCUACCCAGCAGUGGACAACCAGCCUAGUUCUACCCAGUAUAGUUCCUAUUAAAACACUUCUCCAAAAUAUUCUUGGUGAAGACAGUUCAUUCACUAUAGGAGACACUAAUCUGGUGAUCACCAGAGGUGUGGCCCUACCAUUUCAUGUCACCAUCCGUGAUACAGGAGGGAAGCCACUGCCUAGAAAAUUCACCAAGUUUAGAGUUACUUGUACUGAACUUUACCACGUACCAUGUAAGUCUUCUCCUAGCAACAGUUUUUAGGUCAUUAUGCUUCCCGUAAACUCAUUCUUUGCACACAUUCUGGGGAGAGUGGGAGAUGGACGGAGCUGUGCUGUGCAGCAGGGACAUGCUGCCCGGGAUGGAAUUUGACAUUCAUCUCAGAUCAUCUGCGUCACAGGAAAACCCCGCAUGGAAAGUCACCACUGUCCAUGCACUAAUUGAUGACUCAACCGUCAUUAUUAAAUAAUGUCGCUCUCCCAACAGGUGCUUUCCACAUUAAGCUGAAUGUAUGAGAUGAAAACAGUUUAUUCUGAAAACCAAUGUGCCUUAUUUUUAAAAUUUUACUAAAAAAAAUCUUACUUCAGGGACAAUAGAAGAUGAGACUCUUGAAGCAACUCUUUUAUGUAGAUGUAACCAAACAAGAAACUUUAAUCCUAAGCCAAUUUAAUGCCUUUUAGAAAUUGAUUGUAAGCCACAAAUUACUAAACAAACUGAAGUCAAAUUGAGCAAUAUUGACUUGACCGGUAAUGAACAAUUCUGGUGUUUUCUCUUUCUACUGUGGAACAGUGGAGAGGACAUGUGUCUCAGAGCGGGAGAGCCAAGAUAUGGAAAUGACUUAAGUGUCCAUCGACAGAUUAAAGAAAAUGUGAUUCUAGAAAUGUAAUGUG